AUGGAACCAAAUGUAUAUACAAAUAAUAAUGAAAAUGGUACAGCCAAUGUAUCAGGUACAACACAAGUUAGUUUUGAAGUGAAUUGUUAUCAAGAUACACCAAAAAAUGUAACACCAAAUAUAAGUUCAAUUAAAUUUCCAACAUCUUCACCAUUAUCAUCAGCACCACCACAAAAAAGAGGUAGUAUGUUACCAUUAUCACCAAUUAGUAAUGGUGAAGGUGGUAGUGGUUUUGGUCAUCAUAGAAGAACUAAAAGUAAUACAUCUUAUCCUGGUGGUACGAAUGAUUUUACUUCUACAAACCCAAAUUCAAACACCACCACUACUACUGCAACUUCAACAACUACAUCUACACCAACAUCACCAUCCAUUUCAUCAGUUACAGAUUCAUUUAGAAGAGCAACUAUCAAUACUGGUUCAAUACCAAGAAUAACUACAACUUCACCACCAACAUCUUCACCACCUUCACCACAAAUAAUUAAUAAAUCUGUAAAUAAUAAUAAUAAUAAUAAUAAUAAUAAUAAUAAUGAUAAUAAUAAUAAUAAUAAUAAUAAUAAUAAUAAUAAUAAUAAUAAUAAUAAUAAUAAUAAUAAUAAUGAUAAUAAUAAUAAUAAUAAUAAUGAUAAUAAUAAUAAUAUUGAUGAUAGUAAUAAUAGUUGUAAUAAUUUACAAAAGAAAGAUGAAGAAUUAAAAAAAAAAGAGGAAAUUAUAUCAACAACAACAACACCAACAACACCAGCAAUUGUUGAAAAUAUUGAAGAAGAAUCAGAAGUUGAUCAAUUAACAACACCACCAUUAUCAUUAUCAUCACAAGAAAAAGAUUCAUCAGAUGUUGAUGAGUUUGUAAUUAUAAAUGAAAUUCAUGAUACUGGUUUAAUAAUGUAUGAUAGUUAUGGAUUUUUAGUUGACCAAGACCAAAUUCAAAAUCAUUUAAUUUAUAAAGAUAAAUUCAUAAAAGAAGAUAAUAUUAGAAGAGAUAAUUGGAUGUCAUUUUUAGAGAAAAAUCCAGGCGCAUUACAUAAUUUAGUUGUAAAACCACACUAUAUACUUUCACAUGAUUCAAAUACAACUCCAUCACCACAAUCUUUAUCAAAUAGUAAUAACGGAAUACCGAAUAAUAAUAAUAGUAAUAAUAGUAAUAAUAAUAAUAAUAGUACAAAUAAUUUAUCACAAUCUUCACCAUCUCCUUUAUCAUCAUCAUCUUCAUCAUAUAAAAGUUAUAGACAAAAAAUACCAAAACCAUUAAAAGAAUUAAUUAGAGGUGGUAUACCAGGUGAAUAUAGAUCAAUGCUUUGGUUUAGAGCGAGUGGUGGUUAUGCAAGAUUAUCAGAGAAUCAAGAUGAAUACUUUAAUAUAUUAAAAGAAAAUGCUGGAAAGAAAUCAGUUGCUGUAAAACAAAUUCUAAUGGAUGUUGAUCGUACUUUUCCUGAUCAUAAAUUUUUAAAUACAAAAGAAAAAAUGGAAAGUCUAACAAAUGUUUUAGUUGCUUAUUCUUGGAGAAAUCCAAAAGUUGGUUAUUGCCAAUGUAUGAAUUUUAUAGCAGGAUAUUUAUUAAUUUAUAUGAGUGAACCAGAAGCAUAUUGGACAUUAGUAUCAAUUAUUGAAGAAUUAUUACCAACUGAAUAUUUCACAAAUACAAUGAUUGAUUCAUCAGUUGAUGUUAGAUUUGUUUUCGAUGAUUUAUUACAAAAGAAAAUACCAAGAUUACAUCAACAUCUUACAUCAUUCAAUUUAACAUUACCAUUAAUCAUAACUCAAUGGUUUCUAUGUAUAAUGGCAACUACUACUCCAACUGAAACAACUUUUAGAAUUUGGGAUGUAUUUUUCAGUGAAGGUUCAAAAGUUUUAUUCAGAGUUGCACUUUCUUUCUUUAAAUUAAGUGAAGAGAAAAUUUUAUCUUGUAGAGAUUAUGGAACUCUUUAUAAUUUAAUAAAGAAAGUACCAAGUGUAAUGUAUGAUGCAGACUUAUUAUUAGAUGUUAGUUUUAAGAAACUGGGCUCUUUCCCAAUGAAGUCCAUUUUACAAAAAAGAAAAGAUAGUAAGCAUGUAGUCACUUCAGAGUAUUUGGAGUUCCAAAGACAAAAAAAUGAAAGAUCUAGUAAAAGAUAA